AUGAAAUUGUUCCUGCCGCUGUUCGUAGCGUCCUCAGCAACCUGCGCUUGGCUUUAUUACAACCGUCAAAAGCGUAGAUCAUAUCUUUACGGUCUUGCACAACCGCAUCGAUAUCGAGGGCUUCCAGUGGCUGUCGUGAUUGACAUAGGGAGUUCAUCGAUUCGCGCUAGUUGUUUCGCCUUAGUCUCCGACGCUGAAUGGGUACUCAUCAAUGGGUCGCUGCACCAGCAGCACGUAAACUCCAUUGAUUUUAAUGGAGAAGCAGAUAUAAAAAAAAUUGCGGCUUUCACAGAGCAGAUUUUGGACCGAGUGAUGAACUUUCUUCGUGUUAUGGAUCUCACGCACACGAUCGUUGGAGUAGGCUUUAGCACCUUUGCCAUGAAUAUGCUGGGUGUGGACGUUCAGGGGGAUGCGAUAACACCUGUGUAUACGUAUGCAGGAAGGAGAAAGUCGACAGCCAAGUGGUCUAAAGUACUUCAAGAAAGGCUGGCAGCACGAGAAGAGCUAGAGGAAGCUCACAAUCGUACUGGAACGGUAAUCCACCCAGCGUAUGCACCAGCCACGUUCUUGCGCCUUUAUGAGGAAGAGCCGGCCGUGGUCGAGCGCGUUGCCAAGUGGCAAAGUAUCUCGGGGUUUCUUAUCGGAAAAUGGACUUCAGCUGCGCAGCAGGAUGGUUGCGUGCCGAUCAGUUUCUCUGAGGCUUCGUGGAUGGGACUACUUGAUUUUAGACGUAGUCAAUGGGAUGCAAGUCUCCUUGAGCUCGUUUAUAUGGAUAUCAACAAGAUGCCGACAGUCGUGGACUCUACCGUACCAUUUUCAGGGCUUAAUUCGACCUUUGCAAAGCGUUGGCCUGAACUCAGAAACGUUCCAUUUUUUCUUGGUGUUUCGGAUGGAGCUGCAGCCAACGUUGGAUCUAAGUGCACUAAUGCAUCGCGCAUCGCUGUGACCAUUGGUACCAGUGCUGCGAUCCGUGUUGUACUUAGCGCAGAUACUAUGGCACAUGCAAAAGUUCCAAAAGGUCUGUGGUGCUAUCGCAUCGGUAGAGACCACGUUCUUCUCGGAGGAGCGCUUAGCGAUGGAGGAUCGAUAUACAAGUUCUUCCGCGAUUCUUUUCGUCUUAGUGAUGAAGACGUAGCAUCCCAUCUGGAAAAGCUUGUACCCACCAAGCACGGUCUCACUAUUCUACCAUUUUUAAGUGGCGAACGUGCACCGGGUUGGUUGGAAAAUGCAACAUGCGCCAUAAGCGGAAUUAGUAAGUGGACUACACCGUAUGAGAUUCUGUUUGCUGGAAUGGAAUCAAUAGCUCUGCGUAUCGGCAUUCUCUUUUCUCUUCUUGCGUUCUCCGCUGACUUUGAUGCAACAGUUGUCGUGAGUGGCACUGCAUUAACAUCGUCAUCAGUGUGGUGUCAGAUGAUUGCCGACUGUUUAGGAAAGAAAGUUAUUCUCGAGACGCGUGCUAUUGAGACUACCUCACGAGGUAUUGCAAUGCUCAUGGGCACGUUCUUGGGACUUCACACUCUCACGGAAUCGGGAUCAUUUCCGAAUGAUACUAAUUGCUUGAAAAUUUUGCAACCCGACUCAGCAGCUCAUGCAGCUUAUUUAAAAGCGCGCUACGAGCAGGAACAGUUUUACCGCAAGAUGUACUCGGAGAUGUGA